CUCUUUGAUUCGUUAGGUCGAAGAAUCUGUAUAGAAAAAUACAAUUGGGCUAUAAAUUUUCUAUUCAACCAAAUUAAUCGGUCCUUGUUCAUCAAGAUUUGUUUUUUAUUUUUAGUUAAAUCUCUUUUUGCAUUAAGGUUUUCUUUUUGGGUUUUUGUUUUUGUGGUAACUCUUGCUCUCCAAGUAAAAGGUUCAUCACUCAGAGCUAGUACUCGGAGAGUGAAGGCACAGUUACUCCUACGACAUGGAACGUAUUGCUCAAGCAUCCCUCCCACUGCAAAUGCUCAAAUCACUCAUCUCUCUCGUAUCGGACAGAUUCAUGAAGCUCGGAAACUUUUUGAUUCAUGUGACUCGAAAUCAGUCUCUUCGUGGAACUCAAUGGUUGCUGUGUACUCUGCGAGUUGCAUGCCCCGAGAUGCACAGCUACUGUUCGAUGAAAUGCCUGAGAGAAACAUUAUCUCUUGGAAUGGGUUGUUGUCCGGGUAUAUGAAGAACGGAGAGAUUGACGAAGCUAGGGAAGUGUUCGAUUUAAUGCUUGAAAGGAAUGUUGUCUCGUGGACGACGUUGGUGAAAGGGUAUGUGGAGAAUGGUAAGGUUGAUGUGGCAGAGUCGUUGUUUUGGAAAAUGCCUGAGAAGAAUAAGGUUUCUUGGACUGUGAUGUUUAUCGGGUUUAUACAAGAUGGGCGAAUCGAUGAUGCGCGUAAGCUAUAUGCAAGGACUAGUAUGAUUCAUGGAUUGUGCAAAGAAGGAAGAGUGGAUGAGGCAAGGGAGAUUUUUGAUGAGAUGUCAGAGAGAAGUGUGAUUACUUGGACUACAAUGGUCACAGGAUAUGGUCGGAACAAUCGUGUGGAUGAUGCUAGGAAGCUUUUUGAUGUGAUGCCAGAGAAAACUGAAGUUUCAUGGACUUCCAUGCUUAUGAGCUAUGUACAGAAUGGACGAAUUGAGGAUGCUGAAGAACUUUUGAAGCCAGUUAUUGCGUGUAAUGAUAUGAUUGCCGGGCUUGGACAGAAAGGAGAGAUAGCAAAAGCAAGGAGUUUUGAUUCAAUGAAGGAGAGAAAUGAUGCAACUUGGCAAAUGGUAAUCAAAUUUCACGAAAGAAACGGUUUUGAAUUGGAGGCUCUUGAUUUAUUUGUUCUGAUGCAGAAACAGGGAGUUAGACCGACUUUUCCAACAUUGAUCAGCGUUCUUUCGGUCUGCGCCAGCUUAGCAAGCCUCCACCAUGGUAAACAGGUCCAUGCUCAGUUGGUUAGAUGUCAAUUUGAUGUUGAUUUGUAUGUUGCGUCUGUUUUGAUGACAAUGUACAUUAAAUGCGGCGAGCUUUUGAAGUCGAAACUAAUAUUUGACAGGUUUCCUUCAAAGGACAUUAUCAUGUGGAACUCAAUCAUAUCUGGUUAUGCCUCACACAGUCUAGGAGAGGAAGCUCUAAAGAUUUUCUAUGAGAUGCCUUUGUCUGGUAGUACUGAGCCUAACGAAGUCACCUUCGUUGCAACUCUCUCAGCAUGUAGCUAUGCUGGGAUGGUUGAGGAAGGGCUUAAGAUCUUUGAAUCUAUGGAAUGUUUUGGGGUUAAGCCAAUCACCGCGCAUUAUGCUUUGCAUGGUAGACGUGCAGGGCGGUUUAAUGAGGCAAUGGAAAUGAUUGAUAGUAUGAUUGUUGAACCAGAUGCUGCAGUUUGGGGUUCUCUAUUGGGAGCGUGCAGAACUCACUCGCAGCUGGAUUUGGCAGAAUUUUGUGCAAAGAAACUCAUAGAGAUUGAAACGGAGAAUUCUGUCUCCAACAUUUAUGCAUCUCAAGGUAGGUGGGCUGAUGUUGCGGAACUGAGAAAACUUAUGACGACUAGGUUGGUAAGAAAAUCACCAGGCUGUAGCUGGAAUGAAGUCAAGUUUAAAGUGCACGCGUUCACUCAUGGGGGUAUUUGUAGCCAUCCCGAGCAGGAAUCGAUUUUGAAGUUAUUGGAUGAAUUGGAUGGGUUAUUGAGAGAAGCCGGGUAUAAUCCUGAUUGCAGUUAUGCAUUGCACGAUGUAGACGAGGAAGGGAAAGUCAAUAGCCUGAAAUACCGAGUCAUGAAGAACCUUAGAGUUUGUAGUGAUAUUUGCCGCGCAGCAAUAAAAAUAAUCUCUAAGGUGAAAGAGAUGGAGAUCAUUCUAAGAGAUGCAAACAGAUUCCGUCACUUCAGAAACGGAGAGUGUUCCUGUACAGAUUAUUGGUGAGAUUCAAUAAAUGCCAAGCAGAAUGUUUUUUUUUUUUUUUUUUUUUUUUUUUUUUAAUCUUAGCCAUCAAUCCGCCUUCAAUAAGAUCGUUCGAGCAAUGGGAAAAUGAAGUAAUUCUAGCAAACCAUAGGAACUUGCUCAGCCAUUGAUGAGAGUUCUCUAUGUUCUCUAUGUUUUUUACUGAUCUUGUUAUCAACGUACAUUUGUAGCAUUUCCUUCUAUUUGGUUAAUAAGAAGUGAUGAUCACUCUUCAAGCAAAA